AUUCGAGGUUUCUUUUUCUUAUUGUAGCGAAAAGUAAAAAUAGUAAGGUCGGCAUCUUGUCUGUAUAAAAGACGUUAACGCCAUAGAGAAAUCGUCAACACUCAACACAAUACAUAUCCUUCUCUACUCUCUCCUUUGGAAAUUAAAGAAAUCCAUGGAGAACAGAAACGAUCGUGCUCAUAUUCAUGAUCAUGAUCAGCAAAAGGGUAAUGGAAAUGAUGAAGAACCAGUCAUCAACUACAGAGGAAUCAAAGCCAUGCCCUUUAUCAUUGGAAAUGAGACAUUUGAGAAGCUUGGAACCGUUGGAUCUUCAACAAACCUUGUGGUGUAUCUGAACACAGUUUUUAACCUCAAGAGUGUGACUGCUACUACUGUUGUUAACGUCUUCAAUGGCGCCACUAACUUGGCUCCUUUACUUGGAGCUUUCCUCUGUGAUACUUACUUUGGACGUUACAAGACUCUGGGUUUUGCUUCUGUUACCUCAUUUCUGGGAAUGUCAGCACUAGCUUUGACAGCAGCAAUAACCAACCUGCAUCCUCCAAAGUGUGUAGGAAAAGAUAACAGCCAAUGUGUAGGUCCAACAAUUUGGCAAUUUGCCUUUCUUCUGUGUGGAUUUGGACUGAUAGCAAUUGGAGCUGGUGGAAUCCGACCUUGCAAUCUUGCCUUUGGUGCAGAGCAAUUCAAUCCCAACACUGAAUCAGGCAAGAGGGGUAUGAGUAGCUUCUUCAAUUGGUACUACUUCACAUAUACCUUCGCUGUCAUGGUUUCAGUAACUGGCAUUGUCUAUGUUCAAUCUGACGUUAGCUGGGCUAUUGGGUUGGCCAUUCCUGCUUUUCUCAUGUUCCUUUCUUCUGCUGUCUUCUUCUUGGGAACAAGAAUUUAUGUUAUUGUUGAACCUGAAGGCAGCCCCAUGACUAGUGUGGCUCAAGUUCUUGUUGUUGCUGUAAAAAAACGAGGGCUAAAGCUUCCUCAGAACCCUGCUUUUUCCCUUUUCAACUAUAUUCCUGCCAAAUCUAUCAACUCCAAGCUCCCUCACACAAAUCAGUUCAGGUUCCUUGACAAGGCAGCAAUCGUUACAGAAAAGGACCAAAUAAACUUGGAUGGCUCAUCUGCCAAACCUUGGAGACUAUGCAGUAUCCAGCAAGUUGAAGAAGUGAAAUGUUUGAUCAGAAUAAUUCCAAUAUGGGCAUCAGCCAUAAUCUACCAUGUUCCCUUAAUCCAACAACAGACCUAUGCAGUUCUCCAAGCACUGCAACUUGACAGACGUCUAGGUACUGGCAGUUUUGAAGUACCUGCUGCCACAUUUAUUAUCUUCACUAUGCUUGCCCUCACUAUUUGGAUUCCCAUUUAUGACCGAAUCCUGGUUCCGUUUCUUCAAAGACUUACUGGCAAAGAAGGUGGAUUCACACUUCUCCAGAGAAUGGGAAUUGGAAUCUUACUCUCAGUUCUUUGUAUGUUUGUUUCCGGUUUGGUCGAGGGACAUAGAAGACAUAUUGCUCAUACUAAGCCAACUCUAGGCAUAUCACCCAAAGGAGGUGCUGUAUCAUCAAUGUCUUGGAUGUGGCUAGUACCUCAACUUGCACUUGCUGGACUUUCUGAGGGCUUUAAUUAUGUUUCCCAGAUUGAAUUUUACUACAAACAAUUCCCAGAAAACAUGAGGAGUAUUGCAGGAUCUUCCUUCUUUGCUGGUCUCGCAUUGGCAAAUUUUCUCAGUGGUUUUCUUGUUUCCACAGUCCACAAGGUUACUUCAUCAACUAAAUCUGGAGAUUGGCUAUCUGAGGAUCUUAACAAGGCGAAAUUGGACUAUUUCUAUUAUGUAAUUGGUGUUUUGGGGGUAUUGAACUUGGCAUAUUUUCUGCUAUGUGCUAAGUGGUACAAAUACAAAGUUCGUGAAGAUGAUAGCUCAGUGGAGAUGUCCAAGAAGGGAUCAGUGAAGCAUCAUGUGUGAAUGGACUUGAUAAAGUAACUUAGAAAUCUGCAUUACCAUAAAAGAAAUUUGGUUGAAAAGAAAUCAUUAUAAAGCAUUUAGAGAAGGCAAUCAAGAUUUUAUUCCUUCCCUGUA